CACGCUUCGAAGACGUCAAAAUCGCUGGAGCAGUCGCUCAAAAUCUGUGUUAAUGGUUACUUUGCUGUAAUCAACAGACAUGGCCAAAGAUCCAAUGAGUAGCCAGGGCCUUUCGGCUCUUAUCGCAGCGAUUGAACAAGAAACAACAGGAAAUAAUAAAAAGCUGGAAAUCCUGUUUAGUUCUCCGGGUAACUUUAAUGCCUCACAGGCUGCCCAAGUGAUCCAUCAGUUUGCUUCACCACCUGACAAAGUGCAGGCUAUAAAGAUCAUGGAACCAAGAUUAGUGCGUAUGACGUGCCAGGAAGCAAGGGAGAUAAUCAAUGCAAUAAGUGUUUCCUGUGACAAAUUAACUGCCCUUCAUUGUGUGAAAAGGGUUCUUUCUGACAGCCAGACAAAACUGGGCGAGGAAUACAUCCUCAGUUGUUUCCCUUUCCAGAUGGAUAAAUACAAUGCUCGUAAUAUACUGUAUACUGUUCAAUCUCGCGUGGGUGAUAAAAUGGCGGCUGGUGGUCACCAAGGUUACGCAGCAUUAGGCGGUCUGUACACACAGUGUCGACCCCUGGAGCCCCACCUGUAUGGGAGUCUGGCAGAACAAGAAUCCAGGGCACCUGGCCAUGGCAACAUUGAAAUGCCGAUAACAGCCAAUGCAGGAGUGAUACCGUCUGUGUAUACUGGCCAUCCAUCCUAUGCAUACCCUCCUGACAGAACCUAUGAACAGGACCGUGAGUACCCGGGUAACACCACAUUCCUAUCGGCAGGACCAUAUCCAGCGGGGGCCCCACCAUUAGGGCAUCACAGUGGGGCACCAGCACCCACAGGAUUCCCACGGUUACCCACUGAAGCCAUGGGGUACCAGUAACCAUCUGACAUUAAAUUACCAUUUUAUUAUGCCCCAAACUUAACUUCAUUUGGAUUCGUAAUGUACAAAUUUGAUGUCGUUCAGAUAUAUAUAUAUAUA